UUUAGAUUGGCCUUAUGUAAUCUCACUGGUCAGAGCUGUGAAAGUUUGGCUUCGGCUCUACACACAGCAAACUCCCAACUAAAAGAGCUGGACCUGAGUAACAAUGACCUGCAGGAUUCAGGAGUGAAGUUGAUUUCUGCCGGACUGAAGAGUCCACAAUGUCAACUCAAUGUACUGAGAUUGUCUGGCUGUAUGGUGACAGAGGAAGGCUGUGGAUUUCUGUCUUCAGCUUUGACUUCAAACCCCUCACACCUGAGAGAGCUGGAUCUGAGCUACAAUCAUCCAGGAGAAUCAGGAGUCAAGCAGCUCUCUGAAAAACUGGAGGAUCCAAACUACACACUGGAAAAACUCAAUUUGGAAAACGGAGGAGAGUUCAGGAUCACAGCAGGACUACACAAAUAUUCCCAUUUUCUGACACUGGAUCCAAACACUGGGAACACCAAUCUCGCUCUGUCUGAGGGGAACAGAAAGGCCACAUAUGUGGAAGAGAGUCAGCCAUAUCCAGAUCAUCCUGAGAGAUUUGACAAGCGUCCUCAUGUCCUGUCUAGAGAAGCACUGCCUGGACGCUGCUACUGGGAGACUGAAUGGACUGGACAGGCUGACAUAGCCAUCACAUACGCAGGGAUAGGCAGGAAAGGAAAGGACGCUGACUGUGUGUUUGGAUUCAAUGAUAACUCCUGGUGCCUGAUCUGCUCUGACGACACAUUCGGUCUUUGGUACGGUUACAAGCACAUCGACACGCGUGUGUCCGCAGACUCCUGUAAGAGAGUAGGAGUGUAUGUGGACGAGUCAACCGGUUCUGUGUCGUUCUACGGUGUCUUGGACACACACACGCUCGCACACAUAUACACAUUCACCUCUAUGUUCACUGAACCGCUCUAUGCCGGAUUUGGGUUCAUGGUUCAUGACUUGAACUCCACUGUGACUCUGUGUCCAAUGAACAAACCUGUAAAUAACAACACAGAAGUCACACAAUAAGAAGUCUACACCAGGGGUGGCCAACACUGUUCCUGGAGA